CGCCUUGCAUGCACAGCCUCCGCCCCCCGAUCAGCGUUACGAGCUCAACGCAUCCACGAAGUUCAGGCGUCAAGCGUUGCCCAGGUAGUGCUAUUCUCUAGACUCUACCUACAUCACUUGUGUUUUCCGCUCUGGAAGAAAGGCGCCACCCAACAAGUCCGCAUUAGCUGAGGCCGGGGCUUCUAGAAACCGAUGCUCAUCUUUGGAGUGAACCCCUGCAGGUUGCAGUUCCAGGGUCCAGGUACAGGUAGUUUGCCCCGUUUCCUUGGAAGUUUUCUGGGUGGUCCAGGAAUUUCGCAGGCUGUCUGCAUGAGACUGACCCGGGCGGCGUGGGGGUUUCAGACGAAGGGAUGCUGGAGACAGAAGCCUUGUCUUUGUAACGACGGGGGGCGGCUUGACUUUGUGCAAGCAUUUGGCCUCGUUCUAGGCGCUACGAUCUUGUGCAGCAGGAAGUGGAGUCCACCAAUGCCACAUGAGCUGGAGUCUAGGGAAAGCCUUUGUUGAGCUCAGGCAGAGGUUUAAGUAGAGCAGCGUUCAAUACUCAGCCAGACUUCAAGGAGCCAACAGAGCUCCUGAGCAAUAAGAUCCAUCACAGAAACAAAAAGUCAAACGGAGUCUCUUAAAGCCUCACAGAGGGGAGGCUGGAACACUUGUGCCUGAUCUGGAGUCUUUCGAUGGCAGGCCCUUCGCAAAUGUCUCCAUGUGCAGCUUGCAAGUUUUUGAGGAGGAAGUGUACACCAGACUGCCUCUUUGCACCGUACUUCCCGCCAGAUCAGCCGCAGAAGUUUGCAAACGUGCACAAGAUCUUCGGCGCUAGCAACAUCACCAAGCUCCUACAUGACUUGCCGCUCUCUCAGCGAGAGGACGCCGUCAAUAGCCUUGCGUAUGAAGCAGACGCAAGAGUCAAAGAUCCUGUGUAUGGGUGCGUAGGGGCCAUCUCUGUCCUCCAACAGCAGGUAGCGCAUCUGCAGGCGGAGCUAGCGAUCGCGCAUGCAGAACUCACUAGAAUACACACGACGACUGUGCCGCCCCUUCAGGACGAUCACGAAAACCCAGCGGUUCUUUCUGUUGCGAUGAGCAGCCGGCCGUUGGUGUCGCAGGCACUGGCAUCGUAUGCGGGCUUGAAACCAGAUUCCAUGCGGUAGCAUGAAAGCUUUUGGUACGCGCGUUAUUUUAGAUGAAAGCGAUAGAGUCAGCGUAGCGCAGGGAUAGACCCCACGAGGGUCUGACGGUUUUCGGGAAACGACAAGGUCCUCCUUAUUACUGAGAAGCAGGUAGUUAUGGAACUUGCCUGUCAAUGGAUGCGGCAAGAGUCUGGCCGGGCCAAUAAAGAGCAAAAACGGCCCCGCUUGAAGCUUGAGUAGGUGCAGUGCAGUGAUGCAUUUGCCUUCCGUUGAUGCAAUGCUCUCUUGCAAGCAAAGACCGUACUGUAUAGUAGCUGAAACGCCGCAAUGGAUCGUUCGAGUAGCUAGAGCUUACGGAACCGAACACACACAGUAGAGCUUGUUGAGAUGGCAAGCCAUUGAACGCCUAAUUAUAAUAUCCCGUACUGUCAAG